AUGGGCGUUAAUGUAUUUUGGGCUCAGUCAAAGGUCAAAAGUCAUUCUAAAAACGAACCUUCAAGAGUUAUAACGUUAAUUGGUUGGUCUAAAGAAAAUCGACGCAAGGGGGUCUUAGGAUUCCAAAGUCCGACCAGGGGUUGGCGUCAACAGAAACACCCACCUCUUGUCAUAUCAGAAGACCAUCACACCAACAUUCCUGCAGGUCAUGCAGCUGUGGUAUCACAUCAACUUAAGGAUGACUGGGACGAGCAGGGGUCGAGGGGCGCUGAUUCAGACCAACGCGCCGACAUUCCUAGAGGUCAUGCAAGCAUGGAAUCUCCAGAACUCGAGGAUGGCUCGGAUGAGCAGGAGUCAAAUGGCACUGAAUCUGGAUCAGAAGAACAGACAUCAGAGUUUGAAGAAGGGGAGAAGGACAUGAUGGGUAUCGUGAAAUCUGCAAAUGAACACGACGUCAUGGUAGAGAUUGAGGGUGUAGUAGGUGAAAGUGGGGACAUGGCGGUAACAGAUGUAGCAACAAAUGUCACCAUUGACGAUGUGGGCUUGGAGAAGGACAGCAUGCGUAUCAUCUAUACUUAG